AACUGCGCGUACAGAGCGUUCCCGAGCGCAGGGACCGCUGGGAAGAUGGCGGGCGCGUUCCUUACCGCCUGGGGUUCUCGUCGCAGCUGGGGCUGGGCAGCCGCCUUUUUAGGCCCCCACCACGGCCUCAGCGUGUUGCUAACAGGGAAUCCCCAGCGGACGCCCCGGUGUCUCCCAGCUUGCAGGCAAAAGACAUCAUUCUCUUUCCUUAAUCGACCAGACCUUCCAAAACUGGCUUAUAAGAGGAUAAAAGGCAAAAAUCCAGGAAUUAUCUUCAUCCCUGGCUACCUCUGUAACAUGAAUGGUACAAAAGCAUUGGCGAUUGAGGAAUUUUGUAAAUCUCUAGGGCAUGCCUACAUAAGGUUUGAUUACUCAGGAGUUGGAAAUUCAGAGGGUAACUUAGAAGAAUGCACGGUGGGGAAAUGGAGAAAAGAUGUUCUUUCUGUAAUUGAUGAUAUAGCUGUAGGACCACAGAUACUGGUUGGAUCUAGCCUUGGGGGGUGGCUUAUUCUUCACGCUGCAAUUGCACGACCAGAAAGGGUGGUGGCUCUCGUUGGUGUAGCUACAGCUGCAGACACCCUAGUGACACAGUUCAGUCAGCUUCCUGUGGAGGUAAAAAAGGAAGUAGAGAUAAAAGGCAUGUGGACCCUGCCAUCAAAAUACCACGAAGACGGCUUUUACUGCCUGAAGUACAGUUUCAUUAAGGAGGCAGAGCACCACUGCUUGCUGCACAGCCCCAUUCCUGUGAACUGCCCUGUACGACUGCUCCAUGGCAUGAAGGAUGACGUCGUACCUUGGCAUACGUCCAUGCAGGUGGCUGACCAAGUGCUCAGCACGGAUGUGGAUGUCAUCCUCCGAAAAGAUAGUGACCACCGAAUGAAGGAAAAGGCGGACAUACAGCUUCUUACUUAUACUAUUGAUGACUUAAUCGACAAACUUUCUACUAUAGUUAACUAGAAUCAUAUUUUUAAUUGAUAUGGGAACUAACAUAUCCAGAAGAUUGAAAGGGGAAUAGCAAAUCAAAGAUCUUGAUACUUUAGGCUGUAGGCUCUGCUUGUAAGUAUCAGAUAAGUAUUUAUUUAAUGAUGUCUGCACAGAUAAUACAGAUUGUGGCAAAAGUACUGGCUCCUGUUUGGAUAAUUUUCUCCUUCCUACACUCUUUUCAUUUUGUUUCAUUAAAAUAAUUCCUAUUUUUUUAUUCAAGAGAUGUCUACCUUUCUUACAAAUAUGUUAGCAGGGCCAGCUCUUAUGUUCUUAUGUAC